AUGGACCAGCUGCCCAAGCGCUCGGCCAACUACGUGCCGCUGAGCCCCGUGGGGUUCCUGCCGCGCGCCAAUGCCGUCUACGGCGACCGCGCGUCCGUCAUCUACGGGCGCGUCCGCUUCACCUGGCGCCAGACGUACCAGCGCUGCCGCCGCCUCGCGUCCACGCUCCUGUCCCUCGGCGUCCGCAGGGGCGACGUCAUCUCCGUGCUCGCGCCCAACGUGCCGGCCAUGUACGAGAUGCACUUCGCCGUGCCCAUGGCCGGCGCCGUGCUCAACACCAUCAACACGCGCCUCGACGCCGGCGCCGUCGCCACCAUCCUGCGUCACUCGGGGGCAAAGCUCUUCUUUGUCGACUACGACUACGUGCGCCUCGCCAGCGACGCGCUCCGCCUCCUCGCCGCCGACGGCACGCCCGCCGUCCCGCUCGUUGCCGACAUCGAUGACAUUGACUCGCCCACGGGGGCCCGCCUCGGAGAGCUCGAGUACGAGGCGCUUGUCGCGCACGGCGACCCCGACGCGGAGCUCCCGCCGCUCGAAGAUGAGUGGGACGCCGUCACGCUCAACUACACCUCCGGCACCACGUCCGCGCCCAAGGGCGUCGUCUACAGCCACCGCGGGGCGUACCUGAGCACCACCAGCCUGCUGCUGCAGUGGGGGGUGACCACCGAGUCCGUCUACCUCUGGACGCUCCCCAUGUUCCACUGCAACGGCUGGACCUUCACCUGGGGCAUGGCGGCGCGAGGCGGCGUCAACGUCUGCAUCCGCGACGCGCGCCCCGCCGACAUCUACCGCACCAUCGCGCGCCACCGCGUCACCCACAUGUGCUGCGCGCCCGUCGUCUUCAGCAUCCUCCUCGAGGGCGACGGCGCCACCAGGCAGCUCGAAACCCCCGUGCACGUCCUCACCGGCGGCGCGCCGCCGCCGGCUGCGCUGCUGGAGCGCGUCGAGCGGAUCGGCUUCAAGUGGGACCGCCUCCCGCUCCCGAGGCGCGCGCGCCUCAAGGCGCGCCAGGGGGUCAGCGUCCUGUCCCUCGCCGACGCCGAUGUCAAGAACGCCGACACCAUGGUCAGCGUGCCCCGCGACGGCAAGACCGUCGGGGAGAUCGUCCUGCGGGGCAACGGCGUCAUGAAGGGCUACCUCAACAACCCGGAGGCGAACGACAACGCCUUCAGGGGCGGCUGGUUCCUCACCGGCGACGUUGGCGUCGUGCACCAGGACGGCUACAUCGAGAUCAAGGACCGGUCAAAGGACGUGAUCAUCAGCGGCGGGGAGAACAUCUGCAGCAAGGAGGUGGAGGAGGUGCUGUUCCGCCACCCGGCAGUGGCCGACGCGGCGGUGGUGGCGAUGCCGCACCCCGCUGGGGCGAGACGCCCUGCGCUUUUGUCGUACCCAGGAACAACGCUGCCGAACUCAGCGAGGACGACGUGCUCGCGUUCUGCGAGAAGCGCAUGGCGCGCUUCAUGGUUCCCAAGAAGGUGGAGGUCGUCGGAGCGCUACCUAGGAACGCGCUCGGAAAAAGGUUGA